AUGGACGGCAAAAAAUAUCUGCAAACAGACGCCCUCGUCAUCGGCGGUGGCUUCAGCGGCUGCUGCGCCCUCCACAAACUCCGCCAACAAGGCCUAACAACCAAACUCCUCGAAGCCGGCGGCGACUUCGGCGGCGUUUGGUACUGGAACCGCUAUCCAGGUGCGCGAGUCGAUACCGAAAUGCCCAUGUACCAGUUCAAUUUUCCAGAAGUGUAUAAGGACUGGAACUGGUCGGAGCGUUUCCCCGCGCAUGACGAGCUGCGGCGGUAUUUUCAACACGUCGAUCGGGUUUUGGAUUUGAGGAGGGACGCUAUUUUCAAUACUGUUGUUUCGGAGGUAACAUAUGACGAGGGGGAGCGGAUGUGGUGUGUGAAGGCAGAGGAUGGGAUGCAGGCGGCGUGCAGGUAUUUGAUUGUUGCGACGGGUUCGUCGUAUAAGGCAUUUUAUCCCUCUUUUCCGGGACUGGAGGCGUAUAACGGCCAUCUUGUACACUCUGCGCGGUAUCCGCAGAGCCUGGAAGUGACUGGGAAAAAGGUCGGCAUUGUUGGCAACGGAGCAUCUGGCCUACAAAUUGUGCAGGAACUGGCCAAGCAAGACUGCGAGAUGACUGUGUUUAUCCGCACACCCGGUUUCUCGAUCCCCAUGCGCCAGCGCAAGUUUUCCCCGGCUGAGUCCGAGAGCCAGAAGGGCUUCUACGACGCCAUCUUCAGCAAGUGUUAUAAUUCCACGACGGGGUUUGCGAACAACACGCGCAAUCAGUCGGGUCACGACGCCACUCCGGAGGAGAGAGAAGCUCUCUUCGACGAGCUGUGGCAGCGCGGCGGGUUUAACUGGUUGAUCUCGAACUAUUCCGACUAUCUCGUUGAUGAACGGGUAAAUUCCAUGCUCUAUGAUUACUGGGCGCGACAGGUGCGGGCGCGCAUGACGGAUCCUGUCAAGAUGGACUUUGUGGCGCCGUUGAAGCAGGAGCAGUUGAUUGCCACUAAGCGGCCGAGCUUGGAACAGGACUAUUACGAGAUGAUCGACAAGCCGAACGUGCAUCUGCAUAGUCUGAAGGAAGCGCCUAUUGUUCGAUUGGACGCCAACGGUAUCGUAACCCGCAACGUUGCGGGCGAUGAUGAGCACCACCAUGACCUGGACGUGAUUAUUUUCGCAACUGGUUAUGACGCAGUCACGGGAAGCCAGCUUGACCUCUCAAUCCAGGGCAGGGACCAGAUUUCCUUGGGCCAGAAAUGGAAAGACGGCACCCUUACGCACCUCGGAAUGAUGGUCCCAGGUAUGCCAAAUCUCUUUCUCCUUUACGGACCGCAAGCACCCACAUCCCUGGCAAACGGGCCACCAUUUAUCGAGAUGCAGGUUGACUGGAUCUCCAAAAUGACCUCCAAAAUGAAAGAACGGGGUGUCGAGUCUAUUGAACCGACUCAAGCUGCCGCGGAACAGUGGCGCGAGCAUGUCCUUGUGGCUAGUACUUAUACGCUAUUGCCAAAGGCAGAUUCGUGGUACAUGGGUGCAAAUAUUCCAGGAAAGCGGAGGGAGCCGUUGAUUUAUAUGGGUGGUCUUGAUCGAUGGUGGCAGAUGUGUAUGAAGACGUUGGAGACUUGGGAGGGAUUGAAGACAGGUUGA